AUGUUUAAAAGUAUGAACUGGAAGGAAAAUAAGUUUGAGAAGCGCCGUGCUGUGGUCGAGAAGAUUAAACGUAAAUUUACCAAUCGGGUUCCUGUUAUUGUUGAGAAGUCGCCGAAGUCUCGUUUACGUGAUUUGGAUAAGAAAAAGUACCUGGUUCCUUCAGAGCUUACUGUUGGACAAUUUUACUUCUUAAUCCAUAAAAGGAUUCAUCUUCGUCCUGAACAAAUGCUAUUCUUCUUUGUUAACUCUCUUAUACCGCAAGUUAUUUUUUUUAAUUUUACAUUUCAGAUCCCCAAUUUUACAGACUAUGACUACAAUGGGGCAACUGUAUCAGGUCUUUAA